CUCUGGCUGACGCCAGAAUCGGCAUAUAUACUCGUUGAUACGCCCCAAGAUGAAGUACGUUUUGGUCUCUGGAGGUGUGAUCAGUGGGGUGGGAAAGGGCAUCAUAGCCUCGUCGACAGGCCUGCUGCUGAAGACCAUUGGGCUCAAGGUCUCGUCAAUCAAGGUGGACCCUUACCUCAAUGUCGACGCCGGUACCAUGAACCCUAAAGAACAUGGCGAAGUCUUCGUUCUGGACGACGGCGGCGAAGUCGACCUCGAUCUCGGCAACUAUGAGCGCUAUCUCAAUAUCACCCUGACUCGCGAGAACAACAUCACCACCGGCAAGAUAUACAAGCAUGUCAUUGAGCGGGAACGAAGGGGUGACUAUCUCGGCAAGACCGUACAGGUGGUUCCGCACAUCACAGAUGCAAUCCAAGACUGGAUAGAAAGAGUUGCGCGGAUCCCUGUUGAUGAUACGGGCGAGGAGCCGGAUGUCUGUAUCAUCGAGCUUGGUGGAACUGUUGGCGAUAUCGAGAGCAUGCCUUUUGUCGAGGCGAUGACCCAGCUGCGGCGGAGAGCUGGCAAGAACAACUUCUUGCAGAUCUUCGUCUCAUACGUGCCUAGCAUUCAUGGGGAGCAGAAGACGAAACCUACGCAGCAAGCAAUCAAGGCCGUGCGAAGUGCUGGUCUCAUUCCGGACCUGAUUGCGUGCCGUAGCGAAGUCGGUCUGGAACAAGCUGCCAUCGAGAAGAUUGCUCGCUUCUGCCAAGUUGAAAACGAGCAGAUCGUCGUCGUUCGCGACAUGCCCACAAUCUACCAAGUCCCCGUUCUUCUCGAGAAGCAGGGUCUCCUGCCCCUGAUCCGCGACAUCCUCCGCACCGACGAGAUCAAAGUCUCGCCAACACUCGAGCAGAAGGGUGCCGGUAUCUGGAAACAGUGGCGUACCCUCGUUGCCGCCCCUGACCAGUUCCUAGACCAAGUCAACAUUGCCUUGGUUGGCAAAUACAUUGAGCUCCACGACUCGUACCUCUCGGUCAUCAAGUCUCUCGAGCAUUCGGCCAUGCGCUGCAAACGCAAGCUGAACCUGAUCUGGGUCGACUCAGAACACCUCGAGGCACCAACGCGCGACCACGACCCGGCGGCGUUCCACAAAGCCUGGCACUCCGUGUGCACAGCCAACGGCAUCCUCGUCCCCGGCGGCUUCGGGCUCCGCGGCACGGAAGGCAUGAUCGCAGCCGCGAAAUGGGCGCGCGAGAACAAAACACCGUAUCUCGGCAUCUGCCUCGGCAUGCAAAUCGCCGUCAUCGAAUUCGCGCGCAACAUGGGCGGCAUCGCCGGCGCGACCAGCGAGGAAUUCGACGCCGCCGCAACAAACAAGGUCAUCAUGUACAUGCCCGAGAUCGACAAGGCCAGCAUGGGCGCCACCAUGCGCCUCGGCCUCAAGCCCACCCUCUUCCAGCCCGGCAGCGAAUGGAGCAAGCUGCGCGCCCUCUACGCCAACAAGCCCGCCGUGCUCGAGCGCCACAGGCACAGAUACGAGGUCAACCCAGCGUUUAUCGCGCCCCUCGAGGCCGCUGGCCUCAGCUUCAUCGGCAAGGACGACAAAGGCGAGCGCAUGGAGAUUGUCGAGCUGUCCGACCACCCGUACUUUGUCGGCGUGCAGUUUCACCCCGAGUACCUGAGCCGUGUCCUGGAGCCGAGCAGGCCGUAUCUCGGCUUUGUGGCUGCUAGUUCGGGCUGUCUGGAGGAGGUUACCAGGGGUGUUGCUGCCGUGGCGGCUGAUAGCGAGGCACCUGCCGAGGGCGGUUAAUGGCGAGGCAACUGCCGAGGGCAAUUUCUGAGCAUGGUGCUGGGCUGGAUUGCUUGGCUGGGUUGGCUUGGGGUCGCUGGCUUGACAUGUGUUGACUUGAGUUUGGUCUUUGCCGGAAAAAGAGGGGCA